CUUCAUCUGUCUUUAUGAGGCUGGGCUGAAACACAGUUGGAGUAUCUUGCCAGCUUUUUUUUCUACAGUAGAAAAAUUGGUGCCUAUGGUAGGCUGUGUCUUCAGCUCUCAUCAGUGACUUCCUAUGAUUAAUAGAAGCUGUACAUAUUGUGUAUCAGAGAAUGGAUGGUGUGAACCUGAAGGGAUUUAAGUGUCGGCAUAAACACUCUGAUCUGCUCUGGAGUUUGUUUUUUUCCACCGUCAGAUGAACACCUCACAUUUUACAUCCUAAAUCUUUACGCUGUAUAUAUAAAGACCAUCCAGCAGGUGAAAGAAAGGACUUGAGCUUUUUUUUUUUUUUCUUUUUUAAAGUACAUUGGUACUUCAUAUAUAAGCCUGUAUGGUGACCAUAAAAGAAUCCUUAUUUUAAUUUUUUACGGACUGUAUCUGCAUAUUCUUGGUCUUAGUGGUGGGAUGUCAGAAAAGCCAGACGACAAAAUGGUAAAGUUCCUAUCCCCCCCUCAGAAAAGUGGAAAUGGCACCACUUCAGGUUCAGAUUCCAUGGUGGGUGAGUCCCGACCAAAUGAAGUAAGACGGCGACAUCACACCAUGGAGCGAGACAGAUGUAACCCUGAACACCGUUUCCUGCGCCGCAGUGUCAUCAGUGACUCCAAUGCUACAGCUUUGGCACUCCCUUUACACAGCAAAGUUCCAAUUCCUGCACUUCCAUGGAAUCCAAUGCAUGAAGCUGUCUCUCAGACCCAACAGGCUGGUGCUCAUAUGUUGCAGGCUGAAACAGGAUUAAUGCAAAAUAUGUCAUCUGAAUGUGGAAGAGGCAGAAGAGACCUAGAGGUUACUAAGGUUGAUGUUGUGCCUUUAGAACAGGAGCCUUCCACUGUACCCGAGCUAUGUAACAGAGAUAUAGUGGUGGCAGACCAGGCUACAUCACACCUUGGUACUGAAUUGCCAAGUCAGACUGAACCUGAAAGUGCUACUGAGGUAAAGCUGCAUCAUGAAGGUGAGGAAGAAGAGAAAGACUCUGCCAAGGCAAGAGCAGAAGCUGAACAGAGAGAAGCUGAGAAAAAAGUUCAGGAAGACAUAGAGGAGGCAGAGACCAAAGCAGUGGGUACAUCACCAGAUGGACGUUUUCUGAAAUUUGAUAUUGAAAUUGGACGUGGGUCCUUCAAGACAGUUUACAAGGGUUUGGACACAGAGACCACAGUGGAGGUGGCGUGGUGUGAGCUUCAGGAUCGAAAGCUUUCAAAGGCAGAACGGCAACGCUUUAAGGAGGAAGCUGGAAUGUUAAAAGGACUUCAGCAUCCUAACAUUGUGCGCUUUUAUGACUCCUGGGAGGGGCCAUCCAAAGGCAGGAAAUGUAUUGUACUAGUCACCGAACUCAUGACAUCUGGCACUCUCAAAACAUAUCUGAAGCGGUUCAAAGUGAUGAAAAUUAAAGUCUUACGGAGUUGGUGUAGACAGAUCCUCAAAGGGCUCCACUUCCUUCAUACCCGAGCUCCUCCAAUCAUCCACCGGGACCUUAAAUGUGACAAUAUUUUCAUCACAGGCCCAACAGGAUCUGUCAAGAUAGGAGACCUUGGAUUGGCCACGCUUAAACGCGCAUCCUUUGCCAAGAGUGUUAUAGGUACCCCUGAGUUCAUGGCGCCUGAGAUGUAUGAGGAGAAGUACGACGAGUCAGUGGAUGUGUAUGCCUUUGGAAUGUGCAUGUUGGAGAUGGCCACCUCAGAGUACCCUUAUUCAGAGUGCCAGAAUGCUGCACAGAUCUACCGCAGAGUUACUAGUGGGGUGAAGCCUGGCAGUUUUGACAAAGUGGCCAUUCCCGAAGUGAAGGAAAUCAUCGAGGGAUGCAUUCGUCAAAACAAAGAUGAACGGUACUCAAUCAAGGACCUUCUGAACCAUGCCUUCUUCCAGGAGGAUACAGGGGUGCGCGUGGAGUUGGCAGAGGAGGAUGAUGGCGAGAUGGAGGCUAUUAAACUGUGGCUGAGAAUUGAGGACGUAAAGAAGCUCAAGGGAAAAUACAAAGACAAUGAGGCUAUUGAGUUUUCCUUUGACCUUUGCAAAGAUGUCCCAGAGGAUGUGGCUCAGGAAAUGGUGGAGUCUGGUUAUGUGUGUGAAGGAGACCAUAAGACCAUUGCUAAGGCUGUGAAGGACAGGGUGUCUCUGAUCUGUCGUAAGAGAACACAGCGACAGCAGGUCAGAGAAGAUCAGGAAAAACGAAUUUUGGAAGAAGAACAUCAGAGUCAAUUACUGGCAACACAGCAAUCGGGCCAACAAUCAAGCACAGAAGCCCCUCUACCCCAAGCAGUGCAACAGCCUACUUCCUAUGGCCUUCCCCAACCAAACCAACAACACAGUACACAGAUUUCUGCCCAGCCUGCAUCUCAACAGAAUGCUCAGAGUAACAGUUAUCAAACUCAAACGUCCCAGUUGACCAAAAUGGCACAGGGGAGUCCUUAUGCCCCUCAGUCAGCGGGGCAAGUCCCAGUUCAGGGUCAGGGUGUGACUGCAGUCCUGCCAGAGUCAGAUGAUCCUGGGAUUGACCAACAGCUACAGCAAACUGGUGGGGCCAUUCACAUGGGAGAAAGAACUGUGUCCUCCAUCCUCCCUGAGGCCCAGCCUACUCAGUCUAGUGUAUCUUAUAGUUCUCCCAGUCAGCAGCUGCAGCCUCAGUCAUCUUUCCUUCAGGCACAAAAUGACCUGGCACAACAGCAGUUGUCAGUGGUUCAACCGCAGGUACAAGCUGUACAACCUGAAGUUAUCGCUGUUGGACCAAAUAGCCAGCCCCUUUCAGUGACAUCUCAGCAGUAUGGAGUUUACUACCAACCAUCGCUUCCCCCUCAGGUACCCAGCCAACAAGUUGUAGUACCCAACCAACAAGUGGUAGUACCUCCCCAGUCUGUUAGCUCACAUCAGCCAGAGAGCACAGUGAUGUCUCACAACACCAAUCAGCCAAAAGCACAGGCUGGAACUCAACAGCUUCAGCCUCCUGUGAGUGUUCCACAGCCAGCGGCAGUCGAGCAUUCAGCAGGAUCUACACUGGUCCCAUCAUGUGUAGAAAGCUGCCUUUCAGAUCCAGCUUCAGGACUUAGUGACGGCAAUGAUGGAAAUUCGACAUCAGGAGGCCUCCAUGAGGGGCGUUCACUCAAGCGAUACCAGCGACGAUCUGUGCGCAGCCGUUCUCGUCAUGAGAAAACUGCUAAAGCCAAGCUGAACGUUCUGAGUAUUUCCAAUGUGGGAGACAGAGUAGCAGAGUGCCAACUGGAAACACACAACAGGAAGAUGGUGACCUUCAAAUUUGACCUUGAUGGUGAUAAUCCAGAGGAGAUUGCACAGAUCAUGGUUCAGAGCGAGUUCCUCCUGGAGAGUGAACGAGACUCCUUCAUUGAGCAGGUCCGGGAAGUUAUUGAAAUGGCUGAUGAGAAAGGAGAUGGUGUGAAUGAAAGCUUUACCCAGAUGAGUGAUCUUCCGCAUCAACCUCAGCUGUCUGCUCCCCUGCGACCAGGCAUUUCACCCAGCACUGCAGCCCAAGUGGUGCAUUCAGCUGGACGACGGUUUAUAGUGAGCCCAGUGCCGGAGUCUCGCCUUAAAGAGCAGACUUCUGGCCCUCCUCCUGCUAACUCAUUAGCUGAUGAACCUGCCCCAGCAUUGGGCCUCUCUCUAUCUGCUCCAUCUGGGACUCUCCGGCAGGCUUUCAUUGAAAUGAAGAAAACGCCUGUAGAGAGAUCCAGCACCAUUGAUCUCCCAUCAACUGAGCAAGAACCCAGCACUGUUCCAUCCACUCAAAACUUAGACCAUGGCCCGUCUCCUCAAGAUGAUACAGCUACUAAUACUAACACUGUAUUUCCUGAUGUUAGUUCCACAACAACCACAAGAUUGUCACCACCUCCUGCCACUGGGAGGGUUUCUCCUCCACCUAUACCAACUCAGCCCCAAGCUCCCACAUCUGCUAGCAGUGAUCCCAGUCCACCACCACAGCCUUCUCACCAAACAUCCUCCUCACAACUUUCAUUCACCACAGUUCCUCCCUCAUCUUCUGUCACUGCUCCAGAUGUGCAGACAUCUGUCCCAUUAGUCCCUGGCUCCAGCUGAGUACCAGUGCUGUCCCAGUCUCCUGUUAAUAGUGUCACAUCCAGUAGCAUCACGACUAUACCUGCUUCAGACAGCAGGUCUCUUAAUUGUGCUGUUACAUCUUCUCAGAAUCAGCCGGUUCCUGUUUCUUCCCAGCCUCCAGCUCCCUCCUCUUUGCCUAGGUCAGAGUCAAGUCCAACCACAACUGUAGAAAUGGAGGGUUCUGAGCCUCAGACCAAAGCCUCCGGUAGAGAUGACAUCCAAGCUCUAGAUAAGAAGUUGCGGUCCCUUUUCAAAGAUCAGACCUGUCCUACCUCCUCCACAGCCGUGGAGUCCUGUCAGAGCACAGGCACCUCCUCUCCUCCAACUGGGACGUCUUCCCCUCCACCUGGAAUAGCCCUGGUGCCCCCAUCUAACCUGCCCCUGACCUCAGGUGUACAGGGUGUCCUCGGUCCUACCCCCACGCCCGGACAAGGGGUCACUCCUGCAGGACAUGUCCAGAGUACUCCAACUAAACCCAGGGCACAGACUUUACCUGCUGGUUUUGAUCAAGCUGGUACCCCUCCCUCAGAGAUAGUACCCCCAUUUCCUGGACCAACUCCGUCCCAGCAACCCCUGGAUUGUUUGGAUGCUAAGUUGCGAAGAGCUCUAAGUCCAGAGACCGUCCAGGGCGGGAACAGAGUCCAGCCUCCCGCAUCAAGCUUCACUCUGGGACGUUUCCAAGUCUCCAUCACUGCUGAUGGCUCACCAAGCAGCGGUCCAGACCCCCCCAAUAUCAUCUCUUCUUCCUCCCUCACACCAUCUUCUUCUUCUUCCUCCUCCUCCUCUUCAUCAUCCUCUUCCUCACCCUCAAGUCCAGAAAGUACUCUGCACAGAACAUCCUCUCUGUCCAAAGGCAUCUGUGAAAUUGGCGUUGUGAAUGGAACCUCCUCUCUUCCUGCUGGUCCUGAUAGCCAGCCGACCACUAUUGGCCGUUUCCAGGUCUCCACAAGCACCUGGGCUGUGGAAACACCCACCACAGCUUCCAAAGUGGGCCGUUUUUCUGUUACAGUGGCUCCAGCAGGUGACACUAUUGUGCAGAAUGGUCCAUCCACAACCUCUGACCCUCAUAACGCACAUACUCAUUCGGUCAGCAGUGACAAUGACUCAGAGACUGAGGACAAAGCUUUGCAGAGGGAAAUUAGCCGCCUGAGAGAAAAGCAUAUGAAGGAGAUUCAAGCUUUGCACUCUCGUCAGAAGGAGGAGAUAGAUGCUCUUUUCAUGCGGAUGGGAAAACCCCCUCCCUCUGCUGUCUUCUCCCCGGCUGUGGCGAUAGCUGGAAGUCGACGUCGACGCAAAAGCCACAAAUCAUCUCGCAAUAGUGGGCAGCACACACCCCUACACUCGAGCAAAAAUGGUUCCUCAGCUCUGAGCCCCCUUGCUUCAGGGUCCAAACCAACGCAGAGUUCACCUGAAGCAGCGGAGUCAUCAGAAGCCGUUAACAUCACGUCUCCACAGCAGUUGGUAACCUGUCCAUCCAUGUCCAGCCUCAGCUCGUGCUCCACAGGAGUCAUAGGGACUGGCUCAAAGUGUUCCAGGCCCCUACCAGACCCAGGAAACUGGACCCAACGCUCCUGCUUCUCACAGCCAGAAGUGCAAAGGCACAUUCACAGAUGACCUGCACCAGCUGGUGGAUAACUGGGCCAGAGACGCCAUCAGCCUCUCUCAGUGCAAAAGAGGCC